AUGCUCAUUGACCUGACUCUAGACUCAGAGCCUGAGGAGCUAAGCAAGACAACCUCAACAAGCGCAACAGCCUUGUCACACCGCCUUGCCCACCGCGCGCUCAACCAUGUCGCGCAGUCAGUGCCCGCAAAGCGCAGGAACUCUGAAAUCAGAGAAGCUCCGUCCGCCCGUGCGCACUCAAGCUUCGCUGAAAGGUCGCAUGUCAGUGAGCCCGAGCACAGGGAGUCCGAGCAACGCGUUUUCUCCCAGCCGGAGCUGGCAAGGCCGAGAUCCAGGCGCAGCGUUUCCAGUCAAGAGAACACCGCAAACAACAACAACUAUGCCGUUGAUCGUCGGUACAGUUCUCACCAUUUCAGGGCCGUAAAUAACUCCCACACGACUCACUCCCCCACCUCUGUCAAUUCAUUAAAUGCCACGCCCCACUCCACAGCUCCGGAGAUCAUCGUCCGGGCUCCUCCAACACCCCGCCAGGCGAAGCAUGAAACCUCAGGUUCCAGCAGCAGCAGCAGCACCAAGAAUGGGUACUCUUCCUCCGUCACGCCGCUCCACACCGCGCUCUCAGAGGUAUAUUACCCGACCGACGCGCACCAAAAGAAAGCCAUGAAGGGCGCAUACCCGAAGGCCAAGAAAGUGCAGCGCUCCGAGAUCCCAUUGCAGAUCGGCAAGCCGGGCCCGCUGCUGACCAAGCCGCCGAAUGUGCGCCAGCAGACGCGGCAGACGAUGAAGCGCAAGCUGGCGGGUAUCAAGGGACCCAAGGUCACGUACGACCAGAACGCAGAGCAUCUCCUGGCGGACUUCAUCAUGAACUUCGAGUUCGUCAACACCAACCCGCUGCGCAGGGGGGUGGUGCCCGUGUCCGAGGAGUUCAACGCCGGGUGCACGUGCGUGGGGUUCUGCAACCCGGCGCUCUGUCUGUGUCUGUCCAAGGAAGAGGGCGAGACCAACGCCAGCAUCAUCCCGUACCAGGGUGCGGCGGACGAUGCCCGCAUGAUGGUGCUCCGGUCCGAGUUCCUGACGCGCAAGGCCAUGAUCUUCGAGUGUAGUGACCGGUGCGGGUGUAACCAGGGCUGUUGGAACCGCGUGGUACAGAACGGCCGCACCGUGCGGUUGGAUAUCUUCCAUACGGGAGAUCGUGGAUUUGGCCUCCGCUCCCCAGACCGCAUCCGCGCAGGCCAAUUCAUCGAUUGCUACCUGGGCGAAAUCAUCACAACCGCCGCGGCGGACCUCCGCGAAGCGAACACCUCCGCACACAGCGCCUCCUACCUCUUCAGUCUGGACUUCCUGAGCGGGCAAUACGAGGACGAGGAUGAGGACGAGUACGAUGACGAUGACGACGACGACAACGACGACAACGACGACGACAACGAGGCAUCCAAGUGCAAGUACGUGGUCGACGGGCGCAACUUCGGCGGACCGACCCGCUUCAUCAACCACUCGUGCAAUCCCAACUGCCGCAUGAUCCCCGUCUCGCGCAACCACGCCGACAGAGACCUGUACGAUCUGGCCUUCUUUGCCGUACGCGACAUCCCGCCUUACACCGAGUUGACCUUCGACUAUAACCCCGGCUGCGAGGGCGUCAAGGACUCGAAGAUCGACCCCAAUGCGGUGCGGUGUCUCUGCGGCGAGGCGAAUUGUCGAGGGCAGCUGUGGCCGAACCAGAGGAAGAAGGGAGUGAAAUAA